UAGCGGAGCGCGGAGCCGGCGGCAGCUCGCCAUGGCCGACCCCAGCCACAUCCAGUCGGCCGCUUCCAAGAGCAUCCGUCCCUUCCGCUCCAGCGAGGAGUACCUGGAGGCCAUGAAGGAGGACUUGGCCGAGUGGUUCAACACCCUCUACGACCUGGAGCUGCAGGCGGACACCUUCCUGGAGAGCCUGGAGACGGGCUGCCACCUCUGCCGCCACGCCAACAACGUCAACCGCAUCGCCCUCGACUUCCAGCAGCGGCACCCCGAGGCGGCCGCCCGUAUGCGCGUCCCCGGGACCGAGGUCGUCUUCCAGGCCAAGAACGUGGUGCCGGGUUCCUUCAUCGCCCGGGAUAACGUCUCCAACUUCAUCCAGUGGUGCCGGCAGGACCUCGGCAUCCAGGACGUCCUCAUGUUCGAGACCAACGACUUGGUGCUGAAGAAGAACGAGAAGAACUUUGUCCUCUGCUUGUUGGAGGUGGCCAGGAGGGGCUCCAAGUUUGGCAUGCUGGCCCCCAUGCUGAUCCAGAUGGAGGAGGAGAUCGAGGAGGAGAUGAGGGACCAAACGGCCUAUGGCGUGCCGGGGGCGCGCCAGGAGAGCCGGGACCCCCAGGCGCCCGCCUACCCCGGCAGGGCCCGGCCCAUCGCCCUCUGCGACCUGAAGAACCUGGACGAGCUGGUGCGGGAGAUCCUGGGCUGCUGCUCCUGCCCCUCCCAGUUCCCCAUGGUCAAGGUCUCCGAGGGUAAAUACAAAGUGGGCGACUCCAGCACCCUCAUCUUCGUCCGAGUGCUGAGGAGCCACGUCAUGGUGCGCGUCGGCGGCGGUUGGGACACACUGGAACAUUACCUGGACAAGCACGACCCGUGCCGCUGCGCUUCCCUCUCGCACCGCCUGCCCCAGCCCCGCACCCCGGGCUUCUCCCCGCAAAAACCAGCUCCCAGCUGCUUCUCCCCCCCCCCCCGACCCUCUUCCCGGUGCCCCCCCAGGCCCCGCGACGCCGCUCCCACCCGCUCCCGCCGCUGCUCGGGCGACAGCGACUCCUCGGCCUCCUCCGCGCAGAGCGGCCCCCCGGGCCCGCGGGAUGGGGGCACCCCCCGCCGCCGAGACCCCAACCGGGGGGUCCCCCCGCCGCCGCCGCCGCCCCGCGACGCCGCCCCCUCCCCGGGCGGACGAACGGCUCCGGAGGAGCGCGGCCGCUCGCGGGUGCCCAACGGGCCUGGCCGGGCCCUGCCGCGUGCCCGCAGCCAUGGCCGCCCCGGCCCCCAGCCCCUGCUGCUCAUCAGCCGCCGGCGGGACGGGCAGCACUCCUGGGCGCGGGCCCAGACCCCCUCCCGGCCCAGCAGCCCUCCCCGCAGCCGGACCCCUUCCCGCCCGGCCGCCCGCAGCCCCGCGCCCGCCCCACGCCGCUCCUCGCUGGAGGAAGGGGUUGGGGGGCAGCGGGUCGGGGGGCCCGGGGAGGCCCCGCAUGGCGGCGGGGCCGGGGAGGCCUUGCAGCGGGAGCUGGAGGAGCUGGCACGGCGGUUGCGGGCCCCGCUGCGGCUGGAGCCCGGCCAGGAGCAGCAGCUCUUCCGCCGGCUGGAGGAGGAGUUCUUGGCCAACACGCGGAUGAUGGCGGAGCUGGAGGACGGGGAGACCCCCUCCGCGUCCCCGCUGCCCCCCGCCACCGCCGCCGACUCGGCCUACUGCUCCUCCAGCUCCUCCUCGUCCUCCCUCAACGUCUUCGGCAAGCACGGCCUCCCCGCCGAGGACGGCCGGCGGAGCGGGAAUGGGGCCGGCCCCCCACCGCCGCCGGCGGCCCCCGAAAUGGCGGAUGCGGGGCGCCGGCCGGCCCUCUCCAGCUCCUCCGACGAGAGCAGCUGCUUCCCGGCCUCCUGGGACGCCCGGGAGCCGCGGGGGUGCCCCGAGUCCGACACCGACUGGGCGCCGGGGGAGGACGAGCUGCCGGAGACGGAGGAGGCCCCCGCCAUGGCGGACGGAGCCCCGGGAGUGCCGGGGGUCCCCGAGCCGGUGCCUUCCUUCCCAGCGCCGUCCCCGCGCCCCCAGGCCAAGCCCCGGCUGGACACGCAGCCCCACAAGAAGCCCUCCAGGAUCCCCACCCCGCGGGGCUCUGGGGGGGCCCCUCCCCGGCCCCCCACCGGCAGCCCCAAGCCUGGGGAGCACAAGGCCUGGGGGGCUCUGCAGAGCGUCCUCUCCUCCUUCCUGGAGCCUUCCUGGCUCCCGCGGGAGCGGGAGGCGCUGGACGAGGACGCUUGGCCGUGAGACGCCCGGCUCGGUGGCCACGGGUGGGGAGAAGCCGCCGGCA